CAACGCUUUACGAUAUUUGAAUUACACUCACUCGCAUCUUUUUUAUUACACAAAUAAAACAAAUGACCACAGCAGCACGCCCUACGUUUGACCCGGCUAAGGGAAAAGCCGAAGCUCAGUUCUCACAUUUGACCUCGGCAAAGGACCUGCCCAGCCACACACGGCUGAAGACGCGCAAACCUGGCCAGGGAUACACAGUGGAAGAGCUCAGGCAAGAGCUCAAAGAGGCCGAGCGCAAACACUACGAGGCCAAGCAGCUGACACACGACACAGCUACGACAGAAUCCUCGACAGAAGAGUCACAGUCUGCUUUGGCAGUUAACCGAGCCAAAUACAUCGAAAUGGCACAAAUGCUGGACGCAGCCUCAGACGAAGAGAGCGAAAAUGGAGAAGAGUCAGAUGGCGAGGAGAGCGUGGAGAGCGGCUCUGAAGGUAGUGAUGAGGAGAGCGACGAGGACGAGACAGCGUUGUUGAUGCGCGAGUUGGAGAAAAUAAAGAGAGAGCGCGCGGAUGAAAAGGCACGUGAGGAGAGGGAGGCAGAGGAGCGCAAGCUGAUGAAUGCCGGCUCAGUGAUGGGGGCCAACCCUUUGCUUAAAGGCGGGCAGGAGUUUUCGGUCAAGCGUCGGUGGGACGACGAUGUUGUCUUCCGCAACCAGGCCAAGGGCGACGACGGAAAGUCCCAGAAACGCUUUGUCAACGAUAUGCUGCGCUCUGACUUUCAUCGCAAGUUCAUGAGCAAAUACAUCCAGUAAAAACAUUGGCAUACGUCGAUUAAAUUAAGUAACUAGUUUUUCUCUGCGCAAUUAUUAAACUUUGGCAAGACUGCUUGCAACUUGCUGCGUCAACGCAUUCUAUUCAGCAUGGCUGUUGGAGCAGAUUUCUCUUUCUA